GUCAUUCAUUUGAAUUCGUAAAUUCAAAAAUUCAAAAAAUUCAUUCUCGCAUCAUAGACCGGCCAUAGCCUCGCAGAUCGACUAUCAUUCACGAUGCCGUAUAGGCAAAUCAGCGGAAACAUGAAAGAGCUUUGGAGCUGUUUGACGAAGGUUGGACAGUAGAGGAGGUGGCGGACAUCCUACAUGUUAGCGGAAAGAGCAUUGGGCGCUGGGCUGACUGGAUGGAUGAUACAGGUUCAGUUGACCAUCCAACUUGUCAUAGAGGACGUCUUCGAUUUCUCACCACCGAGAUCCGAGAACAGCUGUGCCAGCUUAUCACCAAAUCACCCACCCGUUUCCUCGAGUACCUUGAUGUCAUCCAUGGUGUCUUCAUUUUGAAACGGCACUUCACGACAACCUUCACGACCUUGGACUUAUAUAAAAGAUGGUGCAACGCAAUUCUGCCGAGAGAUGAAGAUGCUCGGAGUCGAUGGCGCGAGGAUAUCGCGGCUAAUUUCACUGCCGAGCAAAUUAUCGCAGUCGAUGAGUGCUUCCUCGUCUUCAAGCUCUCGUCACCAAGCUCGCCUGGCUCGUCGUCAAGCUCUCCUUGCUCAUCACAAUCUGACAGCUCGAUAGCACUAGCAUCGUCGGUCGUGCCUCUGAUGUACUCGGUGCUAUGACAUUUUUCGUAGUCUGCGUCAAUUUCAUCAGCAGCCCACAUCACAGCAGGGUUUUAGAUAUUUGUGAGGGAUUGUAUGUUGAAAUGAUUGUUUUAGAGCUCCUGAUCAAUGGUUCGCCACGCCACAUUGGCUGACCAGAUACAAAUACUUGUCAUGUCGCCUGGUGACGCACAACCGGGCAAGCCAGGCUCAUCGUCUAUUCCGGCACGCCCAAAGGCACCAGCUCAGGCUACUAGCUCAUUAAAAUCCACCCCAAAUGGCCGAGGGGCUGCUACUAUCAGUGAAAACAUCGACCUCGUUGGUGUUCAAGUUGGACAAAUCUGGUCAUAGAUUCAGCGGAGCAGGUUAAGACGUGCAAAGUGGAUGUGAUGCUGCAGGUU